AUGAUUAGGGUAGUUUCUCGUAGUAAUUUUCCUGCUGAUGGGAUUCAUGGGAGGGUUUUGGUUGAUGGAUAUGUGAGAGAUUGUGUUUUGAUGACUUCUUUGAUGGAGUUGUAUUCGCUGUGUGGGCUAUAUGAUGAUGCAUAUGAGGUGUUUGAUGAUAUGCCUCAGAGAGAAAAUGUAGGGGGCAUCAUGCGCACUUACGAUCUGUGUGUGAAGGGAAUCAGGAAAUUAGACUCUGAGUUUGAUGAUGACAAUACCUGCCCUAAAUCUUAUGAGUGUCGGGUCCGCUUGAUGUCAAUCCUUAAAUACAAGGCUGAUAUGAUCAAGGCAGAGAUGGUAAAUGGAGUGUUCAAGGUUACUAUUCCUAAGGUUAAGAUUGAGGAGAGGAUGGACAUUGAGCUCGUUCCAGCUAACUGA